GGAGUGUGAGCCAACCAGGGACACCGGGACCCAUCGCAGAGCAGAGAGAGGCAGGCACGGAGCAGCGGGCACUGCGCACUGGCACAGAGCACUGGCACAGACCACUGGCACAGAGCACGGACAAGUUGCAGGGAUCAGCAGCUGGCAAGGAUAUGACGGAAGUGCCCGAGGACCAGUAUUGGUCGGUGGUGACCAAAGAGAACAGCUCAGAGUACCCCAACUAUCAAGAUUACGACGAGUGGAGCGGGAUGUGCCAAAGAUCGGAUGUCCGCCAAUUUGCCCGGUACUUCCUGCCGCCAUUCUACCUGGUGGUCUUCCUGCUGGGAUUUGUGGGGAACAUCCUGGUGGUGGUGCUGUACGCCUACAACAAGAGGGUGAAGACCAUGACGGACGUGUACCUCCUCAACCUGGCCGUGGCCGACAUCCUCUUCCUCUGCACCCUCCCCUUCUGGGCCCUGGACGCGGUGAGCGGCUGGGUCUUUGGAGACUUCAUGUGCAAGGCGGCCGCCAGCAUCUACAAGAUCAACUUCUUCAGCUGCACCCUGCUGCUGUCGUGCAUCAGUGUCGACCGCUACAUCGCCAUCGUGAUGGCCGUCAAGGCCAGGGGCUCCAGGAGGAAGAUGCUCCUUCGCAGCAAGAUGGCUUCCUUGCUGGUUUGGCUGUCGGCCGUGAUCCUGUCCCUGCCCGAAUUGUGCUUCAGCCGGCAGGACUCCGCGCAGGGCCGUUGCCUCACCGUGUACCCGGAGAAGUUGCUGAAGGCCUCGGGCCUAGCCGUGCAGGUGGCUGCCGGCUUCUUCCUGCCCUUCGCCGUCAUGGCCUUCUGCUACGCCACCGUGGUCUGGAAGCUGCUCCGAGCGCACACGCUCCAGAGGCACCGGGCCAUCAAGGUGAUCGGGACGGUGGUGGCGGCCUUCGUCCUCUCCCAGCUGCCCUACAACUCCUUGGUCAUCGUCAGGGCCAUGGACGCCAUCAACAUCACCAUCACCGACUGCCAGACCGUCAAGAACUUGGACGUGGCCACCCAGGUCGCCCAGAGCGUGGCCUUCCUGCACUCCUGCCUCAACCCGCUCCUGUACGCCUUCAUCGGCGUCAAGUUCCGGAAAGAUCUGCUGAGAAUCCUGAAGGAUGUGGGAUGUGCCGGGACCGUCUCAGCCAAACCACAGCCGGGCCCGUCCAAGACAAACUCGAAGUUCCCCCCUGUGCAUUCAGAGACUGAAACGACAGGGACCCUCUCUCUAUAAACCUCCCCCCUCCCCCAUAACAUUGGCCAAACACGAGCGUCUGACGUACUAGGUUAGUUUAGAGGUGAAUUGAAUGAAUUGCCAGAGGAGGUAGUUGAGGCUGGGACUAUCGCAACGUUUAAGAAACAUUUGGACAGAUACAUGGAUAGGACAGGUUUAGAGGGAUAUUGGCCAAACGCAGGCAGGUGGGACUAGUGUAGAUGGGUCACGUUGGGCCUAGGGCCUGUUUCCACGCUGUAUCACUCCAUGACGAGAGAUACAAUGUGGAAACAGGCCCUUCGGCCCAUCAAGUCUGCGCCAACCAAUACUUACCCGUACACUAGCCAUAUCCCACACACAAUUUUACUGAAGCCAAUCAACAAACCUGCAUGUCUUUGGAGUGUGGGAGGAAACCGCAGCAACCAAUGGGCCUUUUUCCACGCUGCAUCUCUAAACUAAACUGUACUAAUCAUUGGUGAGGUACAUUUAGAGUAUUGUGUUCAGUUCUGGACACCCUGUUAGAGGAAAGAUGUUAUCAAGCUGGAAAUGGUGAGGGGAAAAUUUACGAGGAUGUUGCCAGGACUCGAGGGCCUGAGCUACAGGGAGAGGUUGAUUCCUUGGAGUGCAGGAGGAUGAGGGGUGAUCUUAUGGAAGUGUAAAAUACCAUGAGGGGAAUAGAUCGGGUAGACGCACAGAGUCUCUUGGCCAGAGUAGGGGAAUCGAGAACCAGAGGACAUAGGUUUAAGGUGAGAGGGGAAAAGAUUUAAUAGGAACCUGAGGGGUAACUUUUUCACACAGAGGGUGGUGGGUGAAUGGAACGAGCUGCCGGAGGAGGUGGUGGUGGCAGGGACUAUCGCAAUGUUUAAGAAACAUUUAGACCAGGACAUGGAUAGGACAGGUUUGGAUGGGAU